AUGGAAGUCCAUCUUGAGGAAAAUAAGGUUAAGAAUAAUUCUAGUAAUAGCAGUAAUGAAAAUAAUAAUAAUGAUGAAAAUGUAAGUUUACAUGCUGAGAGGAAUAAUGAAACAAAUUGUACAAAAGGUAAUAAUAAUGAUGAUGAUAAAAGUAAUAAUAUAAAUAACAAUAAUUAUAACAAUAAUUAUAAUAACAAUUAUAAUAAUAAUAUUUAUAAUAAUAAUAAUAAUAAUAAUAAUAAUGUCUUUUUUUCUUCGGAUGCUUUAACAAAUGACGAUGCCACUUAUUUUGCAUUUAAGAAUAAGGAUAAUUUAAUUCAUGAUGAAGGAAUGUGUGAAUUUAAAUCUCAAGACGAAAAUUUUCUACAUGCAGAAGUAAGCUCGAAUGAAUAUAAGGAUGCAAAUAAUGAUUCUAGUGAUGAGGAGGAUGAUGAAUAUCUUAAUCAAAAUAAAAAUAUAAUAGUAAUAGAUGAUAGUUUGCCAAAUAAUUCAAAUUCGACAUUUGAUGAUAAGGAAAAAACAGAAACAAACAACAGGAUAAAUAUUAAAGAUGAAUUAGGUACUACAGAAACGAUAGUAGAAGAUUUAGAAUAUAAUGAUGUGAUAUAUGACACGGAGAAUAAUAAAAAUUAUAUUGUUAAAAGUGUUGUUGAUGGCAAUAAAGAACAUGUAGAGCAAAAGGAGAAUUACAAAUUUGAUGAUAAUAAUGAUGAUGAUAAUAAUAAAAAUGAUAAUAAUAAUGAUAAAAAUGACGAUCAUAGUAAAAAUAAUAAUAAUAAUAAUAAUAACAACAAUGCUGAUGUUAGUGUUAUCGUACAGGUUGAUGGGCAAGAAAAUCGUCCCAUGAUAUAUAUCAAUGAUACUAGCGCUGAAGAAUGUAAUAAUAAUAAUAAUAAUAAUAUUCUUAUGAAUGAGAAUUAUAAUAAACCAAAUACAGUUAAUAAUUCGUCAUAUAUAAACAACAACAAUUUGGUUAAUAUAAAUACACUUAACAAUGAAAACAAAGGAAUUUCAAAUGUUGAAUCGUAUGAAAAAAAUGUGAACGAAAAAUUUGAUAAUGUGAACGAAAACUUUGAAAGUAUCAAUGAACCUUAUGAUAGUAUAAAUGAACCAUAUGAUAACAUUAACGAAGGGUGUGAUAACAUUAACGAAGGGUGUGAUAACAUUAACGAAGGGUGUGAUAACAUUAACGAAGGGUGUGAUAACAUUAACGAAGGGUGUGAUAACAUUAACGAAGGGUGUGAUAACAUUAACGAAGGAUGUGAUAACAUUAACGAAGGGUGUGAUAACAUUAACGAAGGGUGUGAUAACAUUAACGAAGGAUGUGGUAACAUUAACGAAGGAUGUGGUAACAUUAACGAAGGUUGUGAUAACAUUAACAAAAUGUAUAACCAAAAUUCACAAAUUAAAUUACAGCAAAAUUAUAAAGAAGAAAGGAAUCAACAGAUGAACAAAAAUAAUAACAUAAAAGAAAGAACAUUACCUAUGAAGAAGGAAGAAAAGAAGAUGCCUCCUCUUUCACAUAUGUUUGAUAGUAUUGUUAAAAUAAAGAAACAAGUAGAUUCAAUGAAAUCCAGAAAGGAAGAAAAUAAUCCUAAAGGAUUCAAAAAGGAUAACAGAAAAAGAAGAAAACCUAAAUAUCGUUUUGAAAAGGAUAAGGAUGGUAAUAUAUGUGAUUUCUUUAUGGUAUGUUCUAGUGAAUUGAAAGGAAUAAAAAAAUGUAGAAAUGUAGGUUUAGAUUUACAAAUGAUAAAUGUAACGGAUAUACAACUAACUUAUCAUUUUGUUUGUAAAGAGCAUGAUACAUGUGAAGGUUCUGUUAUAGUAAUCGUAGAUAUUAUUAGUAAUAAUAAUAUAGAGAUAAAGGGAAAAGGACCUUUAUGUAUUAAUUUUAAUGAUUUUAUUGAUGAAAAGAAGAAAAAUACAGGUAAUCGAUUUAAAUGGGAAUAUCUUGAUGUAUGCGGAAAUAUACAAGAAGGUAAAGAUCGUGCUACGGCUAUGGGAUAUAAAUAUUUAAAUAGUAGUGUUACGGGUAAAAGAUAUGUAAGAAAUUUCGUAUGUAUUCUGAAUGCUCAAUGUAAUAGUAGAUUAAGAAUUAUUAAAGAUAAUGAAACAGAUAAAGUGUGGUUAGAAUUAUCUGGUAUGAAUCAUGAAGAACAUUGUCCAUAUAGCCCCCAUUCUGUUGAAGGAAUGUUUUUGAAUAAUAAAAAAAAUAAAAAUCAAAUUAUUAGCAGCUUAGGAAAUGAUAAAUUUUUUACUAAUAAUAGUAAUAUAUUAAAUGGUGUUAUGUUGAAUAAUCCUAAUGUAAUGAAUGCACCUCAUCCUUUUAAUAAGAUGAAUUAUAAUUAUCAUAAUAUGAAUCCAGGAUUGAAUAAUUUUAAUUCUUUUAAUAAUGCUAAUUAUGCUUUUAUUAAUAUGAAUUAUAAUGAUAUGAACAUUGGUGUAAAUAAUAAUAGCGACCUUAAUAAUAAUAAUACUGCUGCUACAAGUAAUAAUAAUACUCAUAAUAAUAAUAACAAUAAUAAUAGUAAUUAUAAUCCAUAUUUUAUGAAUAAUUAUAUGAAUAGUAAAAAUCAUCCUUUGUAUUUAAAUUCAAAUAAUAACUAUGGGAAUGAUAUUAAGAUGAAAAUUCUUCCUCCAUACAUGCAUCAUUUUAAUAAAGCUAUGAAGAUUAUUCCUGAAGGUUCAUCAUGUAAUGUAAUGAAUAUGUCAAAUGGUAAUAAUAAUAUGAAUCAAAUGAGUCAUAUGAAUGAUAUGAAUAAUAUGAAUAAUAUGAAUAAUAUAAACAAUAUGAAUAGUAUGAAUAGCAUGAAUAGCAUGAAUAGUAUGAACAACAUGAACAACAUGAAUAGUAUGAACAGCAUGAACAACAUGAACAACAUGAACAAUAAUAAUAAUAAUAAUAAUAGUGGUAGUAUUGUAAACCUUGGAAAUAAUAAUAUGGAUAUUUCCAUGAAUAGUAAGACGCUUUAUAAUUUAUCUAAACUUAGCUGCGCUACAAAUUCUACUACAGAUUCAUCUAAAAUGAGCCUUAAAAGAAAUAUAUGGUAUAACAAUAGAAGUAAUAGUGUUCAUAGUGCUUUAAACGGUGCAUUGAAUAGUAACAUGAGUAAUAAUUAUUCGGACAAUAUGUUAUUACGUUCGUCUAUAAAAAAUGGCCCGAAGUAUAGUGUUCAUUAUCCUUCAUCUAGUAAUAACCAAGAUACUACUACUAUGAGUAUAUCUAAUAAGAAAAGUGUAGUGAGAAAUCUUAUGUUAAAUACUCAAGAUCAAAAUUUUGUUCUGAAUAAUAUGUACAAUAAUAAUAGUAGUAAUAAUAAUACUAACAAUAGUAAUAAUACUAACAAUACUAACAAUAGUAAUAAUAGUAGUAGUAGUAGUAAUAAUAAUAACACGAGCAGUGCAACUUAUAAUAAUUAUAUGUCAAGCUAUGGUUAUGUAAAUAUGCCUACAAACAAUAAUAUUAAUAUGAAUGAGAACAAUGUAGAAUUUAAUAAUACUAAGAAGAAUUCGGUUACAGAUAACUUAAACAAUAAUGGGAAUGUUAAAGAUCUACUUACUAACGGAAAUAUGAACAAUGCUGUAUAUUAUAACAAGAGUAUAUCAUCUAAUAAUAAUGGAAAGGAUUUAAGAAAUAAUUUUUAUAAUAAUUCAAAUAUAGAUUUAAAUAAGAAUAAUUGUUAUUCAAUUGAUAAUAAACAACAGCUAGCUAAUUCUAAAUUUGUGAAUAAUAAUAUAUAUCCCAAUUAUAAUAAUAUGAAUGAUAUGACCAACAACAAUAAUAAUAACAACAACAACAACAAUAAUAAUAACAAUAAUAAUAAUAACAAUAAUAAUAAUAACAAUAAUAAUAAUAACAAUAAUAAUAAUAACAAUAAUAAUAACAAUAGUAACAAUAAUAAUGAUUAUGUUCAUAAUAAUAUUAAUGUAUCUACAUCAUUAGGCUGUGCGACUGGAUCUGUUAUGUCUCAAGGAAGUUCUACAAAUAAUAUGAAUUAUAAUUUAAGAAAUUAUGAAUCGAAGAAUUUUAAUUCAUAUCAAAAUGGUAUCAUAUCAGAUAAUAGCAACAGUAAUAAUAACAGCAAUAAUAAUAAUAAUAAUAAUAAUAAUAAUAAUAAUACUAAUAGUAGUAGUAGUAAUGGUUUAAUUUAUCAUUAUCCUAAUUAUGAUAAGAUAAAAACAAAUGCACCUAAAGGAAUAUUGAAUGAAUAUAAAUUGGUAAAAAACGUAAGGUCAAAUUCUAAUAGUUUGAAUAAUAAAAAAGGAAGUAAUAAUACUUAUUAUAAUACUAAAACUAGCCAAAAUGCAUAUCAAAACACAAUUCUGAAAAAUUCACCCUUAGUCAGUUUAUCAAAUAAUUCGGGUAUGAUGAAUUAUAACAUGAUUAAUGAUAUGAAGGAUGAAAAUAAUAUGAACGCUGGUAAUAUGUAUACUGGUUCGAUUAGUAGCAGCAAUAAUAACAACAGCAAUAACAACAGCAACAAUAAUAAUAGUAAUAGUACCAUGACAUCAAAUGGAUUAUUAUAUAACAAUAUGAAUAUUAUUAAUAAUAACAAUGUUGACGAAUUAAACGACAUUAACAAUAACAAGGUUGGAAUCCCUCCGCAUCAUUUAUUAGAUAAUACCUCAUUAAUAAAAGACGAAAUGAAUUAUAAUAAUGAAGAAAAUAAUAUGGUAUCGCAACAUCAUAAAGUUUUUAUAGGAAAUGGACAUGAAAAUAUGUUAAAGGACAACUCAGAAAAUUUAUUAAAGCAUAUGUCAAAUGAUACAAAAAUUGAUGAGAACAAUAAUAAUACACAUAUUGAUGAUAAAGACUAUAACAAAAAUAAUAUGCAAUUAGAUUAUAGUAAUAAUAAUAAUAAUAAUAAUAACAAAAUGGAUCAUUCUAGAAAUGGCAGUGGUUCAGAUGAUUUUAUGAAAAGGAAGUAUAAAAAGAUGAACACUAAUUUUGAUUCUAAUAAUGAACAUUUAAAUGACGAAUUUAAAGAUAUUGAUAUUGUUGAUGCACAAAAUGAUGACACAGAUAAAUUGAGAGAUAUCAAUGGAAAAUAUGAAGAAAAUAAUAUAAUAAUAGAUGAUAUCAAUUCUAAAGAAAGGAGAAGUAUUAAUGAAUAUAAUAAUAAAUGUUCUUCAACAGCUGCUUAUAGUGAAAUGAAACAAUAUGUGGAUGUAAAAGAUACUAAUAAUCAUAAUAAUAAUAUGUUAUCUAAUUAUUUAAACAUGACAGAUGAAAAUAAUAAUAAUAAUAAUAAUAAUAAUAAUAACAAUAAUACAUACUUAAAUGAUGAUAAUGUGAAAACUACUGAGAAAAAAAGAAAAUUUUUAAAUACCUAUAAUGAUCCAAAUGUUGAUGAUAUGAAUAAUAACCUUUCUCAUCAUGUAGGUGUUGAUUAUGAUAAUCACGUAGUAGAUUCGUUUAAUAAUUCUUCAUACAUGUAUUCUUCACAAAUGUAUAAAUAUAUGAAAUCAAAUAAAUAUGACACAUGUAUGAAUACAAACAUGGAAAAUAUAAAUGGUACCAAUAAUAAUAAUAAUAAUAACAAUAACAAUAAUAAUAAUAAUAAUAAUAAUAAUAACAACAAUAAUAUUAAUAGAAAUAAUGUAUCUGAUAAUUCCACAAAUAUUGUUGAUAAUGAUUCAUAUGAUAAAACGAAUAAUUCUUCUAAUGGCUCUAUGUAUAAAACCAAUGUACAAAAUAUGGUUAACAAUAAUAAUGGUGCUGCUACUUUAAAUAAGUGUGAUUCUUUACUAAAUCAUGAUAUGAAUGUUUCAAAAUUAAAUUAUAACAGCAACAAUAAUAACAAUAGUAAUAAUAAUUCUUGUGGCGUUGCGGGAGGUAGCAUGGAUUCACAUUAUAAUACGGCAAAUUCCUUGAUGAACUAUAAUAAAAAUCAUUAUGAAGAUGGAAAUGAUCUUAAUAAUAUGGACACAAAUAAUAACAACAACAAUAAUAAUAAUGGUAGUAAUAGUAAUAAUAGUAAUAAUAGUAAUAGUAGUAAUAAUAACAAUAAUAAGAAUAAGAAUCUUAUGGGUAGAGACAGUUUACAAGAUAAAAUUAUGUAUAAUCCCAUGAAUGAUUAUAAUUGUAUUUACCCAUCGAACAAUCCUUAUGGUAUACAGAAUAAUGACAAAGGUUACAUGUACCCAAAUUAUAAUACUGCAUUAAAUAUUAUGAAUCCUAAUGAAAACGGUGACAAUAACAAUAGCAUGGUAGGUGCAAGCGUUAUGGACAAUUACAAUAAUAAUAAUUUAUAUAUGAACAAUAAUAAUAAUAAUAAUAAUAAUAAUAAUAACUAUUUAAAUAAUUAUAUGAAUCCUACAGAUAAUAUGAAAAAUAUGUCUAAAAAUAAUAAUGGUUCAUAUAAUACUUCUUUACAAAAUUUAAAUGGUCUUGAAGGUACAACAAAUAAUGCCGCCGUUACUCAACCAGCUAAUAAUUUAAAUAAUUAUUCCAAUUUAAAUAAUAAUAAUAAUAAUAAUCUUACUAUGUUCAAUUGUGAUUUGGCUAGUAAUCCAUAUAAAAACGACCUGACAUGUUCAUACAAUAAUAAUGGAACAGCUAAUAGUAAUUAUUACUAUAUGAAUAAUGGAUAUGACAAUAGUAGUUAUCAGUACAAUCUAGCAAAUGGAAAUAUGAUGUAUGAUAUGAAUAAUCGCAGUAUGGAUGCUUCAAAUAAUCAAAAUGAUUAUUAUAAUCAAAAUUAUUAG